UGACGGGCAGAAGUUUUGGUGAGAAAGAUUUUCGUUCUGGAUUAGAAAACGGCAUUCUUCUGUGUGAGUUGCUGAAUGCAAUAAAGCCAGGAUUGGUAAAAAAGAUCAAUAGACUACCGACCCCCAUUGCAGGUUUGGACAAUAUCAUCUUAUUCUUAAGAGGCUGCAAAGAGCUGGGACUUAAAGAAUCUCAGCUUUUUGAUCCUGGUGAUCUGCAGGACACAUCAAACAGAGUCACCAUCAAGAACAUUGACUAUAGUAGGAAGCUGAAAAAUGUGUUAGUCACCAUUUAUUGGCUAGGGAAAGCGGCAAACAGCUGCACGUCAUAUAGUGGAUCGACCCUGAACCUGAAGGAGUUUGAAGGUUUGCUGGCACAAAUGAGAAAGGAAACGGAGGAUAUUGAGAGCCCAAAGCGCAGCAUUCGUGACAGCGGCUAUAUAGACUGCUGGGAUUCUGAACGCAGCGAUUCCCUCUCCCCUCCUCGCCACGGCAGAGAUGAUUCCUUUGACAGUCUGGACUCCUUUGGCUCCCGCUCGCAGCAGACACCGUCUCCAGAUGUAGUGCUCCGAGGGAGCAGCGAUGGGAGAGGAAGUGACUCAGAAACUGACCUGCCACACAGAAAGAUGCCAGAUGUGAAAAAAGAUGAUAUGUUGGCAAGGCGGACCUCACAUGGUGAACCUAAAUCAGCUGUGCCUUUUAACCAGUACCUCCCGAACAAGAGUAAUCAGACUUUUUACGUACCCGCUCCACUUCGGAAAAAGAAAGCUGAACGAGAAGAGUACCGAAAGAGCUGGAGCACGGCAACUUCACCGCUAGGAGACAGACCUUUCAGAUUCGGCCCCAGAACUGCUGUGUCUGAUGACGCAGAGAGUAUGAGCAUGUUUGACAUGAGGUGUGAAGAAGAAGCCGUGGCUCAGCCUCACAGCAAAGCUCACCAUGAGAAACUGCAGAACAUACACAACCAGCUCAAAGAGGACGAGACCAGAUGGCAAGAUGACCUGGCUCGAUGGAAGAGUCGCCGAAGGAGCGCUUCACAAGAUUUAAUAAAAAAAGAAGCUGAGAGGAAGAAAAUGGAAAGGUUAUUGUCUGGAGAUGGAGCAAAUGAGCGCAGAAAAAGCAUCAAAACCUACCGAGAAAUUGUGGAAGAGAAAGAGAGACGAGAGCGGGAGCUUCAUGAGGCAUACAAGAAUGCAAAGUCACAGGAGGAGGCUGAGAGCAUCCUCCAGCAGUACAUCGAAAGAUUCACUAUCAGUGAAGCUGUCCUUGAGCGUCUGCAGAUGCCAAAAAUUCUGGAAAGAAGCCAUUCAGUGGAGCCAAAUUCCCCACUGAAAGACCCAAAUCCUCUGAGAUACUUAAGGCAACAGUCGCUGCCUGCUCCAAAAUUCACUGCCACCAUUGAAGCAACCAUUGUUCCCACUGCUGAACUAGAACCCAGUGGUUCAACGGGCCGUACAUCUCCCAGCAAAAGUGUUGUCUCCAAGGCUGUGCCUAUGCUGACACCCAAGCCUUACUCCCAGCCCAAAAAUACACAGGAAGUUUUAAAGAACUUUAAGGUAGAUGGAAAAGUCAGCAUGAAUGGAGAGAAUUUCAACGGCGUGGAAGAGAAGGAUAAAGAGUGUACAACAGUAAUAUUUACUCCUUCGCCGAGCAGAUCUCUGAAAUUUGACGGAGUAGCCAGAGGGGACAGGCCCCCGGUCGAGUUGAAGAAGGACCCCACAAGUGUUGAGCUCAGUUUACAGAGGCCUGCCACUCAGAGUGUGCACAAAGAGCCAACAGCCUCCCCGGUGGAAGCAGAUCCAGCUGCCAGCCAGCAGGUCGAGGCCAGCCCGGGAAGUGCGGGACCUACGAGCCCAGCGUGCCCGUCCCCAGGUUCAGAUCAAAAGCAAUUCAAGUCAACUGCAGCUUGUGCUAGUCCUGUUGUGAAGAGAUUAGAAUUUCUUCCCAGUCCUGUCUCUUCAGAGCAAGCUGCUUCAAGUGAGAAAGAUGUGGUGAAACCAAAAGCCCUGGAACAAGAGGGAAGUGUAGUAUUGCCAUUUUUAAAGAAACUACCCGAGACCAGCCAAGUUACUCUGCAGAAUUCUGGUCUACAAGAGCCUCCCCGCGGGGCCAUGGUCCCGCUUAGGGUUCGCAACAACUGGCGGCGCUCACAGUUUUUCUCGCAGUCAGCUGAUUCCGAUAGUGGUGACAAAUCAAAUCUUGGUUUUCCUUCACACAAGCGUUUCAAUUUCUGGUCCUGGGAUCCAGAAGAAGAGCGAAAGCGCCAGGAAAGGUGGCAGCAUGAGCAAGAACGCUUGCUUCAGGAGAAGUAUCAGAAGGAGCAGGACAAGCUGAAAGAGGAAUGGGAAAAGGCCCAGAGAGAAGUUGAAGAGGAGGAGCGUAGAUACUACGAGGAGGAACGUAAGAUAAUUGAGGAUACUGUAGUUCCAUUCAUUGUUUCUUCAAACUCUGCUGAGCUCCUCUCCUCCUCUUCCUCUACGACUGAAGGAAACAAGACAGCGAACACAACUGAUUCAAACAGCUCUCCAGAGGAAGACAAACAAAAAGAAGGUACAAGGCAGAAAAAGCUGCUCUGGGAGCAGGACAGCAUACCAUCUCCGAAAAGCAAGGAAAAUGAACUCUGUCAAGAAAAGAGGAGGUGGCAUUUUUCCCAGCAUUAUUUAUACAAUAUGUGGCUUAUUUUUAUUGGCAGUGGAAAGAAAGUGCUCUCAGGACACCCAGAGACGAGUAUCUUGAAAGGAGGUGAACAGGACCACCAGGUGCCGGUGCUGGAGCGCAGCUCGCCUGCCAGGCUGAAUCUGCCAUUGACUCAGGACGUCUCCUGGAAUCAGCAGUUGCUGACAAAGCAGUCACCGCAUCGCGCAGAGGACAUUCAGCAGAGACCAUUCCUGGGCCAGAAUGCAGGACAACAACCGAGCUCCGCUGGAGAAACGAGGAGGGCAGGCUAUCAUGAGAAUUUCCGAUCUGGGCCACCAUCUCCCUGCUCUCCUGCAGCUCCGAGUCAGUCACCCAACAGGUCUGUCAGCGGAAAGAAGCUUUGUUCUACCUGUGGGCUUCCUCUUGGAAAAGGAGCUGCCAUGAUUAUUGAAACACUUGGUCUUUAUUUCCAUAUUCAGUGCUUCAGGUGUGGCAUUUGCAAGGGACAGCUGGGAGACGCAGCAAGUGGGACAGAUGUUAGGAUUAGAAAUGGUCUUCUGAACUGCAACGAUUGUUAUAUCCGAUCCAGAACUGCUGGACAGCCAACUACAUUGUGACAUGACUUUCAGUCCUAAUAACUUUCAAGAAGGAACUCUCUUCUCACAUGUAUCGGCUGCCUCCAGACAAUCACUUGUAAGAGCUUGAAUCCAUGGACAUCAUGGCUCUCAUCUCGUUUUGAAAAACUCAUAAAAACGCUGCACCUGCUCCUUUAAAAUGCAAUAUGUUGGUUUUUCCCUUUCUUAAGAAAUUUGCAAGAUAUGUAUGAAGGCAAAGCCUAAGUACUAUUAAAAAACCUCCCACCUUUCAGGUAUGCUUAUGAUUUCCCAUCUGUUACCUUGUUCUUUUGAAAGUAAUAAGAAAAUAAACAUGCAAUAAAGCUGUUUUGUUUUAACAUUUCUAGGAAUUAAAAAGUUUAAGUUUACAGAACCUUUAUAGAAUAUGCCAACUUGAGCUGAGAAGUAAUUUUAAGAUAGUAUCUAAUCAGUGCAUUUGAAAAACUAAACAUCACAGCACGACUUCUCUGUUAUAACUGAAGCUAUAACUUUUUUUAUACAGAGACUAGUUUGAUAAUACAUCCUGUAAUUCUGAAGCAUUUUGUGUUUAUAUUACCUUCAGUGGAGGGUAGGAGUUAUACAAAUAAAUUAUUGCGCCUUUAGCGAUAGGAUUUUUUGUUUGUGUACCUCAAGUAAUGUUCAUGACUAUAGCUUAAUAUUCUCUCAAAUAAAAAUUUCUUCAUUAAACCUAAAGACUGUAUACCGUUAACGAUGGCAAGAUUCCCGAUAGGAGCAAUCCUUCUUACUAAGUUCAGCAGCCCGUGUCGUUACAAACUUGAUGAAAGGUGAUGUGGGGGAGAGGUGGCCCAGUGGGUGGACAUAGCUGAACUGUGAGUCUCUGAGCUGCGGUUUGAUGCUAUGGUGAAGCUUUUCUCUUUGGCGUGUAACUUGC